GACUACAUUACCCAUGAACAGUUUCGUCUAUGCACAUGCGCACUCGGUACUUUUGCUCAAGACAGCUGGAGGAGAAAAUGGCAGCACUCAUGCUAGGACAGCAGGCCCGCCAGUUUAGCACAUCAGUUGUGCGACCUGCAACCAGACUGAUUAAGGCACCCAUCCAAGUCUAUGGAGUGGAGGGCCGUUAUGCCGUAGCUCUGUUCUCAGCUGCUAGUAAGCAGAAGAAACUGGACCAAGUGGAACAGGAGCUGGGUAAAGUAAAUACCCUCAUCAAGGAUCCUAAACUUUCCAGUGUGGUAAUGAACCCUCAUGUGAAGCGUAGCAUCAAGCAGAAGACCUUCACCGAUGCCCUUACAAAGGCCAAAGUCUCCCCGAUCACCGUGAACCUCAUUAAUGUUUUGGCCGACAAUGGUCGUCUGACUAAAACUGGGGACGUCAUCACUGCUUUCGGCAAGAUGAUGAGUGCACACCGCGGUGAGGUGAUCUGCACAGUUACCACUGCUCAGCCUUUAGAUCAGGCUAGUCUUGCGGAGCUGAAAGUCGCACUCAAUGGAUUUCUUCAGAAGGGUGAAAUGAUCAAGCUGGAAACCAAGUCUGAUCCAUCAAUCCUGGGUGGCAUGAUUGUCAGUAUCGGCGACAGGUAUGCGGACAUGUCCACGAAGACGAAGAUUCAGAAGUUGACCAAGCUCAUGAAAGAAUCUUAAGUCCUGUGGACUUCAUCUUGGAUCCAUUUUGGAAGUGACCAUCAGGGGAAAUAACGCUGAUAAAUGUAAAUUGAUAUUUGUUCUAGCACUGCAGUUGCUGCAGAAAGCCAGUGUCUGUCCUUAAAUUCCUAUGGAUGUUAAUAAACACUCUCCAUGAUAAAA